AUGACUUCCUCAUCAACAGCUCGCGGAGCCACGACUUCUUCAUUGAUACAUCAUCAGUACAGGCCGACCUCGCCUUUGCCUCGCUCGGGGUCAUGGAGCAUUGCACGUGCGAUCACUAUUACUCUUGAUGAUCCAUCUGGGAAGUUGUUCCUCGAGUUUGUGGACAUCAAGCUCAACAAUGCACGAGCGCCGUUCAAAGCUCUUCGCGAUGCUGAGGCUGUCCUGGGUCCAAAGUGCAGCUUCCGUGCUGGAUUGCAGGCAGUUCAUGAGAGCGAAUCGCAGAAGUGGGACGCUAUACGCGAGUUUGGAGAAAAACUAGUCAUAUUGUCGCAGGCUUCCAAGCCUAUUAUUGCUGCCUUGCCACCAAUUCCCCCUUCAAGUCCUUAUACAGGAACUCAGGAAACAGCCACUGCUCGCACUGCGCUUCAGAACGCACAGGAUAAUUAUACUCCUGGGAGUACAUACUUUGCCACACACCCCGGUGCAAAUCUUUUGCAGGCUAACACCCAAUCAUUUGGGGAGAGUCACACUUCGGAACUGGACAGUCUCGCAUCCAACCCUGAAGCAAACACUGGUCAUCCAGGUGUGCCCAUCACACCUCCACCUCAAGCCGCAGAAAAGUUCGGAGACACGUCGCACUCUCCUCCUCCUAUUGACCCGAGGACACUCAAUCUAUCUCCUGCACCAAUUCUGGAGGAUCACUCACUUCCUCCCAUCGUAAUCCCGGUAGAUGCACCUAUGGUGGGCCGGUGGCUGAAACUGGUGUUUCCGUACUUGCGUGUCAUGGCUGCUAACGUAGGUCCGUUGCAUCUUUGA